AUGUUUCGAACCGCGCGACCAAUCCUGCACCUCUCCCCGGGAGCUUCCCUCGCGAGCUCGCUCUCGCGUCGCAAUGCUCCCGCGGCAGCUUCCAAGCUCCUCCGGCGGGCGUCGCGGCCGGUGACCUGGUCCGUGGUGCGCUUCGCAAGCAGCGACUCCAACAGCAGGGGAAAAGACAAGGACAAGCCGGAGAACCCCCCGCCGCCCAAGCAGCCCAUCGACCGGGAGCACGAGAUGAAGGUCGCCCAAGAGAAGCUCAAGCCCCGGCCAGACGAAGUCUCAAGCCAGAGCUCGGUCCGCCACGUCUUGGAGGGGUCCGGCCAGUCCAACACGCCCGAGCCUGCGAGCUUGAGCACCGGCUUGAAGCACGACAUUGGCAUUGUACGAGAUACCUUCCGCCUCACGCGGGUUCCCAAAGAGUCUCACGUCCUGGGCCUCGCCGGCACGAUCCCCUACCUCGCGACAUCCCUCUCGACCGUCUUCCUCGCCUGGGACCUCACCAAGCAGGUCCCCACAGGGAACCGCCUCUACGACGCCCUCUUCAUCCCCCACGACACGGCGCAUUACCUGCUCAGCGUCAUUGAGCCACUGCAGCUCGGCUACGGCGCCGUCAUCAUUUCCUUUCUCGGCGCGAUCCAUUGGGGUCUCGAGUAUGCCGAAAAGGAGCCUCUUCGCGAUCGCACCCGCUUCCGCUACGGCAUGGGCGUGGCCGCCUCCAUCGUCGCCUGGCCCACCCUAUUCCUCCCCUUCGAGACGGCCCUGACGACGCAGUUCAUGGCCUUUGUUGCCCUGUACUUUGCCGACUCGCGCGCCGCCUCCCGCGGCUGGGCCCCGCAGUGGUACGGCAUGUACCGCUUCCUGCUUACCGUCAUGGUAGGCCUCGCCAUCCUCGUGUCCCUGGUCGGCCGCGCCUCCAUCAGCCAGCACGGCCGCCUGAGCAGCCAAGGCCUCAGCUCCACCAUCGAGAGCGCCGGCAUCGCGGACCGAAGCACAAACUGGGCCAAGCUCGAGGCCGAGGAGAAGGAGAGGCUGCGCAAGAAGAAGGAGGAGGCCGAAAAGAAGGCCAAGAAGGAGGCCAAGAAGAACAAGGCCGACAAGGGCGCGAACAAGGAGGAAGGCAAGAAAGAGUCGGCCGAGGCAAAGGAUACGAAAGACAAGGCGGACAAGCAGUCAAGCGGCGCCAAGGACGAUGCAAAGACAGACGAGGACGAGAGCAAGAAGGACGAGAAGCAAAGUGACGACAAGGCACAGGAUGAGCCCAAGGAAGGCAAGGAGAAGAAGGGCGCAGAGAACAAGGGUGACUCCGAACCGGGUAAGAAAGAGAAGAACCGCACGAAAGACGACGGCGGCGAUGAAAAGGCCAAGGACAAUUCCAAGAAGGCCGAGGACGGAAAAGACGCGAAAGAAGGUGAUGAUGAGGCCAAAGGUGAUGACAAGGAGAACAAGGGCGGACAGAAGGACAAGGAAGGCGACAAGCCCAAAGACGGCCGCAAGGCGGACAAGGGUGCCAAGAAGUGA